AUGGAAGACCAACAGCAACUCAAGGCUCUCAUUGCCGACUCGAUUCAGGAAGUGAAGGAUUCCUUUUCUAAAGAACUCGCUGAGAUUCGUGAGAUUCUCCUGGAGGUUGUCGAAAACAGAGCUCCGGCAGGCCGGGGACAGGGGGCAACCACUCUUCGUCACAAGCCGACUUCGGUGGAGUUUGGUCGAUUUUGCGGCGAGAAUCCAGAGGCUUGGUUAUUUCAAGCGGAGCGCUACUUUGCUCAUUAUGGAAUUGCGGAUGAUGAGAAGCUCACUAUUGCCUCGUUUUACCUCGACGGCGAUGCCUUAGAAUGGUAUAGAUGGUUGUACCGGAAUAAGCAAUUGGCGGGUUGGGAGCAUUUUGCAGAGAAGGUACGGAUUCGUUUCCUUCCUAAGGGGCUCGAAUCUGCUGAAGGACGGUUGGCCAAGCUCCGGCAAAUCACCACCGUACCUGAGUUACAAAGCCGCUUUGAGAAGAUAGCAAACGAGACUAGUGACAUCUCUGAUCGGCUCUUGGUAUGUCUUUUUGUUUCUGGGCUGCGUACUGAUAUUAAGAGUUCUAUUUUAGCCCAUCGGCCCACUACAUAUGAGGAUGUUGUACAUUUAGCCCAUAUUCACGAGCAACGUAUCCUAGCUGAAAAAGGACCACCUCGCCCCGCAUUUGCCAAUAGAACUCCGCCCCUUUUACCCAACCCUCAUACAGUCCCAAAUAAUAUUUCCUCCACCUCCGUCGGCCCUUCCAAUUCACCACCGCAAACCCGCGCAACCCUUAAACGCUUAUCCCAUGCUGAACUUCAGAGCCGGCGAGAGCGGGGUCUUUGUUAUUAUUGUGAGGAAAAGUAUACCGCAGGUCAUAAAUGUAAAUCGCCUCCUCAAUUAUUGCUCCUCACUAAUGAGCCGGAGGUGGUUUUAUCCAUGCCGGAACCCUUCUUCUCCGAUGAAGUAUUGCCAGAGGAGUUGCAAUGUUUGGAGAUACAGGAGCAUUAUACUAUCUCGUAUCACGCUUUAACUGGUGGUCAUUCCCCAUCUACACUCCGAUUCACUGGGCAGAUUAAUGGCUCCUCUGUUCAGGUCUUAGUGGAUGGAGGAAGUACCCACAACUUCGUCCAACCGCGAGCCGCGAAGUACUUACAACUGUCUAUUGACUCCAUUUCCCCUGUCACUGUUAUGGUGGGUAGCGGCCAUCGACUUAGGUGUGAAGGAGUGGCAAGGCAGACCACCCUUUUACUUCAAGGGAGCACGGUGGUAGAAGAUUUUUAUGUCCUACCAUUCGAGGGGUCUGAUGUGGUAUUAGGGGUAUCAUGGCUCGCCAAAUUAGGUCCUGUACUAACUAAUUACGCCACCAGGGAAUUUGAGUUCAACUGGAAUGGGUGUCGAGUGAAGUGGCAAGGGGAACCCUCUAUUGAUAUUCAACCGAUACAGUUACAUAGCUUGCGAAGGAUGGCCGCCACCGACGCUAUUGCUUCAUUCUUUCAUCAGGAAAUGCUUUGUGGGGAGGUAGCAUCCGUGGUGGCACCUACUGCAGAGUUAGCGUCCCUUUUGGACUCUUUUGAGGAUGUUUUUCAAAAACCAGUGGGCUUACCACCCUCACGUGCCCAAGAUCAUGCUAUACAUCUCAUUCCGGGUGCGCAACCUGUUAAUGUGAAGCCCUACAGGUACCCCUAUUUUCAAAAGCAAAUUAUGGAACAACUAGUUGCCGAUAUGCUUAAGGAAGGUGUGAUUCGAGCAAGCAGAAGCCCUUUCUCUUCUCCAGUGUUGCUGAUAAGAGUUAAGCCUGAAGAUGUGGCUAAGACCGCAUUUCGCACUCAUGAAGGUCAUUACGAGUUCCUCGUCAUGCCCUUUGGACUUACUAACGCCCCCUCUACAUUCCAGGCGCUAAUGAAUGACAUUUUCAGACCAUAUUUACGGCGCUUUGUCUUAGUAUUUUUCGAUGAUAUAUUGGUCUAUAGUCCAGAUUGGGAGGCACAUCUGGAGCAUUUGGAACUUGUUCUGUCCUUGCUUCGAAAGCAUCAGUUGGUCGCCAAAAGAUCUAAGUGUCUAUUUGGUCAGCAGUCGGUGGAUUAUUUGGGGCACAUUAUUUCUGCUCAAGGGUUGUCUGUUGAUCCUGCCAAGAUUGCUGCAAUUCAGCAAUGGCCUGUCCCUCGCUCUGUAAAAGAUGUCCGUAGUUUUUUGGGAUUAGCCGGGUAUUACCGGCGUUUCAUUCAUCAUUAUGCCGCGAUUGCCGGGCCACUUUUAGACCUAUUGCGGAAAGACUCUUUCAAAUGGAGUGAGGCAGCACAAGAAGCUUUCAAUGCAUUAAAGUCUAAGUUGGCUGCGACACCUGUUUUGACUUUGCCGAAUUUCAACCAGGAAUUCCAAGUAGAGACAGAUGCUUUGGGGCAAGGCAUUGGGGCUAUCUUAUCACAAAAGGGUCAUCCUAUAGCCUAUUUGAGCCAGAAGUUGAGUGCGCGAAUGCAAAAUGCCUCGACUUAUCACAGAGAAAUGUUUGCCAUUACUCAAGCUGUGAGUAAAUGGCGACAGUAUUUGUUGGGGAGAAAAUUUACCAUUUAUGCGGAUCAACAGUCCUCGAAGAACCUCACAAAUCAGACCAUUCAAACACCUGAACAACAGAAAUGGCUCACAAAGUUGGUGGGCUAUGAUUUUCGCAUCGUGUAUCGGCCCGGCAAGCAAAACACUGUAGCUGAUGCCCUCUCUCGUACUCCUGCUGCUUCUUUAAUGGUUCUGUCUGUCAACACCUUUGCAAUCGAACAGGAAUUUAAAGCUCUAAAUCAGUCCCACCCUGAGUUAUUAAUUAUACAGCAGCGUUUACAGCAAAAAGAUGUGGACUUCUGCGAGUAUUAA